UGUCUUCGAAGCUUUUCCCGGGCGGCGGGUCGAUCUUCGCUCACCUCUGUCUAUAUCUAGCCACUGACACGUUUGUUACCUAGAACACGUUUAUUGAAUAAAUAAUGGAAUGAAUGAAGGCUGAGGGAUUUUGACAAGAGUUAUAAGUCAGCGCCUCAUGGCUAAGGCACUCACAUGCAGCACGUUUGAGAAAACUUCUGGAUCUUGGACCCACAAGUUCUCACUGCUGUGAAAUCACGACUUGGAGUAGGCUCUACAACAAGGAUCAUGCUACAUAUUUGGAAGGUAAAGAUCAAGAGCUACAUUUUUUAAUGGACCAGGCAAAAUCAAGCUGCAUUGCCAGGUAUCCUCUGUGAUGGCUACAAAAACUUCUUACCUUCAUCUGGAGAGAUUUAAAGUGGAAAAUACAGAGGUAAGGAUGGAGUCUUGAAAAAAGGAAAGCACCAAAUUGUGGUUGACAACCAACCUGUGACUAUUUUCCUGGAACCCAAUGAAAAUGCAAAAGAGAAGAAGACCAAGAUGUCUUCUUCAACACAGUCACAAAAAGGGGCAAGGCACGGUGAGAAGCCUCCAAAUGUAAAGGACAUUCAUAAUGCUGCAGAUUCCUGUCUCCAGAAGAUCUUUCUUACUGUCACGGCGGAACUGAACUGCCAACUGUUCUCUAAAGAGCAAAGGGACCGCAUCGCUGUUCUCUACCCCAAUGUCAAACUAGUGAAGGGCCAUGAUGGAACUGAGAAAGUCUGUGGUAACUUCAAAGAUAUUGAAAAAAUACAUGGGUUCUUAAGUGACCAGCUCCUGGAAAGGGAGCAGAAACAUGAAUCUUCCCCUUUGACAUCAGAGAGGGAGCCACUCAGUCAGCAGGACAGGAACAGCUGUGUUUCUCCCUUCGAACCAGAAAGCAGGUCAGAAGAAAAAGGCAGCCGUUUUGAAGUUCCCUUGGCUUUCUUUGAAUACUUCACACACUCCUGCCCUGAUAAAAUAGCCUCCAUAGAGAAAAGAUUUGGUACAAAAAUAAAAAGUCAGACGAGUUCUCCGAAUAUGGUCUAUUUAGACUUCACCUCCAGUCAAUCAGGUAACCUCGAAGCAGCUCGCAAGGAUUUUGUCGAAGAAUUUCAGAAGCGUGUAGAGACUCUGACGCAGGAACGUGUUGUGCUAGCAGACAGUAAGCAGGCAACCAAAAUCAAAGAGGUGUUAAAUCACCAGUUUGCAAAGCUCCUCAUAAAGGAGAAAGGAGGAGAAUUAACUCUCCUUGGGACCUCAGAUGACAUUUCAGCUGCCAAACAUUUUCUUGCCUCAAAAAACUUUAAAAGUCUUGUCAAGCCACCUGUGAAAAUAUUGACUCCUAAGGAUAUGAUGAAGGGAAUUGAGGUUGAUACCGCUCACUAUAAGCUUUUAGAAGCAGAAUUAUCCCAGGAGAUAUCAAAGAUAGAAAAAAAGUAUGACACUCAAAGUAACAUUUUGGGGAUAAAUCAGAAAACCUGCAUUCGAUUUGAACCCAAAACCAAGGAAUUAGAUCUAUCCAUGCAUGCUUAUUCAAGUUUCAUCGACACCUAUCAACAUGUCUCUUGUCAGAUUAUGAGAGAAGUUCUUUCACUGAAACUUUUGGGCAAGGAGAGAAAACACUUACAUGGGACAAAGUUUUCUGAUGAUUUUAGAAAAAGGCAUCCAGAUAUACACUUUGUGCUAAAUCGAGAGUCAAUGACUUUGAUUGGGUUGCCGAAUCAUCUUACAAAGGCAAAACAGUAUCUCUUAAACAGAUGGGGGGUGUCUCCAUCAGCUACAGAGAAAUGGAAUAAAACACUCAUGGAUACUGAUAGUCAUAAUUCAAAAACAGCUUCACCAACAUUGCAGCACCCCGCCAGUUCUGAGGUGUCAGAAGUGAAUGAGGAACAGGACACAUGUGCCAUCUGUUUGAACACCAUUAGUAACAAACAAGUGCUCUCAAAGUGCAAGCAUGAAUUCUGCAGCCAUUGUAUCAGAGAAGCCUUCUCAUAUAAGCCAGUCUGUCCUGUGUGCCAGACUUCCUAUGGUGUCCAGAAAGGGAAUCAGCCAGAUGGAAGAAUGAGCACCAUGGUUCUAAGAAACUCACUUCCAGGUUAUGAAUCCUGUGACACCAUUAUGAUUACUUAUACUAUUGAAGGAGGCAUACAAACAAAAGAGCACCCAAACCCAGGGAAGAGAUUUUCUGGAAUACAGCGAACUGCAUACUUGCCUGAUAACAGGGAAGGAAACGAGGUUUUGGAUCUGCUUCGUAGGGCCUUUGACCAAAAACUGAUUUUCACAGUAGGGGAGUCUCGAACAUUAGGAAUCCCAGAUGUCGUUACAUGGAAUGAUAUCCACCACAAAACGUCCUGCACUGGGGGACCACAAAGGUAUGGUUACCCUGAUCCUAACUAUCUGAAACGUGUCAAACAAGAGCUUAAAGAUAAAGGAAUUGAGUAAAAAGACUGUAUUAAAAAGAUGUCUCGAGCCAAGCUUCCAAAAGGCGCAGUUGAAGAAGUAGAGUAAAUUCUAAUCUAAAUCCUUGUGUAAAAACACCUUAAAAUUUUUUUCAUCUCAAGAAGUAUAUGCAAGGUUUUCAUUUCUGGAGUGUUAUAUUUUAUGGACAAAAAAAGCCCCAGAGAUCUUUGUAAUUUCGCUGCAGAGGUAUUGCACCUCAUUCGCAUGUCAUCAUUGUUGGGGUUACAGGGGUGGAGUGCUGUGAAUUUGAAAUCACCUUCUGUGUUGUUCAGUUGAAGUACUCAGUGCCAAUUGAUCCUCCUUUUAUUGCUCUCUCUGCGUUAGUCCUUUAGUUUGGUUUGUUUGCCCUUUAAACUCUAUCCUAAAAGUAAAAUCCUAAUCUGAAUGGAGGCAGGGGAGGGGAGGAAGGCUUUGGUUGUGAAAAAUUAGGAACCACAUUCCUUUCCCUAUCCCAUGGCCAGAAAGGUGGCAAGGACAGAAAUUGAGCAACCUUUGGUAAUAAAUGAAAUCUCUCUCUUUAAGUUGCUCAGUCAUGUCCACCUCUUUGCAACCCCAUGGACUAUAGCCCACCAGGCUCCUCUGUCAUGGGAUUUUCCAGGCAAGAAUACUGGAGUGGGUUGCCAUUUCCUUCUCCAAGGGAUCUUCCUGACCCAGGGAUCAAGCCUGGAUCUCAUGCACUGCAGACAGAUUUACUCUCUGAGACACCAGGGUUUGGGACACUGAACCUGGUGUAUAGUUGAUGCUUAAUAAAUUUUUGCUGCCUGACUCAAGUUGCUAAUAACCCAGCAGAGAAAUAUAUAUUCCCUAAAUCUUUGGCAGAGCUCUUGGAAGCCAUUGGCUUUGGAAGCCAUUUCUGGAGUCUUCACCAUUUAUUGCGGAAAAUGAGUUUGUUACUCCAGAACUCAUGGCCUCUGAACUCUGACUGGCCAGACUUUGUCCUUGCUCCCUGCUGAUCCUUCUAAUCUGCCGAAUUGUGUGCACUUUCCCUGCCAUAGUAAUGCUACACAUCUCUGAACAUUUUUUCUCUCUGGAUAUUAUUGUACUUUUAUGCAUACCCCACUUCGAGUUUUAAAUAGAUAAAUCACAAAAAUGUCCGUAGUCUAUCACUUUCUAGUAACUGUAGCCCCCACAGCACCUUCUCCUUCCUUUUGCUAAGUCCCACCAUGUCAUGCUUUCUCCCUUAAAUUAUUUCUUCCUUAUAAUGACUGCACAGAGAAAAGACUCGAGUUGUGCCUACUGUAAGGAAUGUCAAUAUGUCAAAAUUUACUUCUAAGUGGUUUUCCAACUCACGAGAAAGUUUUAAUAGCAAACUAUGUCGUUAUCCAUGUUCCAGUCUUUUUCCAUAAAUGAUGAAUGAGAUGCUGUUUUCUUAAAAAUACAUGCAUACAAAUUUUUUGGUCAGACAGUAAUAGUUGAUAUUGUGUAUUUAUUUUGUCCCCUUUAUAAGAGCUUUGUAUCUGAGCGAUUGAUACUAUUAGUAUCCCCAUCUUAUAACUGAGAAAGCUGAUGCGCAGAGAGGGUAAGUACCUUGACAAAGGUCCCAUAAUAAGUAUUGGUGCUGGAGUUUGAAGGACUUAGGGUGACUCCAAGGCUUUUGUCCCAGAGUUGUACUGUCUCCUACAGGGGUCUUCUCCUCCAUGGAGCAGGCUGAGGAGUUCCCAUUAUUCUGAGCUUCUCUCAGAAACAGAUUCCUGCACAGUACUCAGAGUAGAUUUCCUCUGAGAAAGUCCUAUUUGAAAAAUUUAAAACCCCAGAAUUUUUUUCUUUGUUCAGAGAGUUGAGGAAAUUUAAGGUAAAUGAUACAUAUAUUUUUUUCAAAUCAGAUUAGACAUUUAGUUUUUGGUGAUUCAUUAAAAUCUUAGAGUUAUAAUUAGUUGCUUUGUGUCUAUGGAUAUUUUAGCUUCAAAAAAGAUGAGUUUGGUUCCUGCUAAGGUCUGGAUCCUUGAUUGCAACGUGUGUGCAAGUUUCAUAGUGUGAGUGGUUGUCGAGCCUUUGGAUUACUGCUUUUGCUCUGUGGAAGGUAUUAUUAUCAAUAUCUGCUAUAAAUAAAGUUAUUUCCAUUUUAGGAA